AUGUAUGAUGCACAGUCUUGUAACUCCUAUCCCUCAUCAUCAUCAUCAUCAUCAUCAUCAUCAUCAUCAUCAUCAUCAUCAUCAUCAUCAUCAUCAUCAUCAUCAUCAUCAUCAUCAUCAUCAUCAUCAUCAUCAUCAUCAUCAUCAUCAUCAUCAUCAUCAUCAUCAUCAUCAUCAUCAUCAUCAUCAUCAUCAUCAUCAUCAUCAUCAUCAUCAUCAUCAUCAUCAUCAUCAUCAUCAUCAUCAUCAUCAUCAUCAUCAUCAUCAUCAUCAUCAUCAUCAUCAUCAUCAUCAUCAUCAUCAUCAUCAUCAUCAUCAUCAUCAUCAUCAUCAUCAUCAUCAUCAUCAUCAUCAUCAUCAUCAUCAUCAUCAUCAUCAUCAUCAUCAUCAUCAUCAUCAUCAUCAUCAUCAUCAUCAUCAUCAUCAUCAUCAUCAUCAUCAUCAUCAUCAUCAUCAUCAUCAUCAUCAUCAUCAUCAUCAUCAUCAUCAUCAUCAUCAUCAUCAUCAUCAUCAUCAUCAUCAUCAUCAUCAUCAUCAUCAUCAUCAUCAUCAUCAUCAUCAUCAUCAUCAUCAUCAUCAUCAUCAUCAUCAUCAUCAUCAUCAUCAUCAUCAUCAUCAUCAUCAUCAUCAUCAUCAUCAUCAUCAUCAUCAUCAUCAUCAUCAUCAUCAUCAUCAUCAUCAUCAUCAUCAUCAUCAUCAUCAUCAUCAUCAUCAUCAUCAUCAUCAUCAUCAUCAUCAUCAUCAUCAUCAUCAUCAUCAUCAUCAUCAUCAUCAUCAUCAUCAUCAUCAUCAUCAUCAUCAUCAUCAUCAUCAUCAUCAUCAUCAUCAUCAUCAUCAUCAUCAUCAUCAUCAUCAUCAUCAUCAUCAUCAUCAUCAUCAUCAUCAUCAUCAUCAUCAUCAUCAUCAUCAUCAUCAUCAUCAUCAUCAUCAUCAUCAUCAUCAUCAUCAUCAUCAUCAUCAUCAUCAUCAUCAUCAUCAUCAUCAUCAUCAUCAUCAUCAUCAUCAUCAUCAUCAUCAUCAUCAUCAUCAUCAUCAUCAUCAUCAUCAUCAUCA